CAUACAAGGAGCUCUUUAAGUCCCGGUACCGACACACAGAGCCUGCAUUCAUACUCGGGCAGCGCGAGCGAGCGAGAGAGAGCGAGGGGGCUGGGGAGCGAGCGUCACUUUGGAAACUCGGGAACUCACGGAUUGUGGUGCUAAACCGGCGACCUCCUUUUCUCACUGCUGAAGUCUUCUCUGUUGGAUUUUCAAACGUGGGACACACGGAGGAGACAGUGAAGUGGAAGUCAGGAGGGAAGUGACACUUAGCGAGUUUGGCGCAGACGGUUGCGCUUUAACAGGUAAACUGGGGUCCAAGGUGCGCACUGAGCCGCCUAUGAUACCAACUACCCGGAUGGAAAGAACUUUAAUGUGGAAUCCUCACAGAGUUUUGCAACGGAGGCUGAGAGUAGAGACAGACUGGCAAUUUAUAUUAUAAUUUGGAGGCUGAAGGGACAGAUCAGACAGAGCAGACAGUCCGUGCAUCACUGCUGUGAGGAACAAGAGUCAGGAGCCCACAGGUACACACCCACGCAGCAGCAGCACCUGGAGGAGAGAGAGUUAGUGUGUGUGGAUGAGGAUGUCCAGAGAGGAGCAGAGCAUGUCGGAGGUGGAGCUCAGUCCCGGGAUGUCUGAUGACAGCCGCUCCAUGUCCCCGGGUCACUCCUCCGGUGCUCCCGGCGGAGGAGACUCUCCUCUGCCCCGGCAGCACGAUCCCCAGCUGGUCGGAAUGGACGACACGUCGGCGGGGUGCUCCUCCCUGAAGUCCGACGAUGAGGAUGAACGUUUCCCCGCGGGGAUCAGGGAGGCCGUGAGCCAGGUGCUCAACUGCUACGACUGGACGCUCGUGCCCAUGCCCGUGCGCGUCAACACCGGAAACAAGAGCAAGCCGCACGUGAAGAGGCCGAUGAACGCCUUCAUGGUGUGGGCUCAGGCCGCGCGCAGGAAGCUGGCGGACCAACAUCCACACCUGCACAACGCGGAACUCAGCAAGACCCUGGGCAAGCUGUGGAGGCUUCUUAAUGAGAGCGACAAGCGGCCGUUCAUCGAGGAGGCUGAGAGGCUGAGGAAGCAGCACAAGAAGGACUACCCUGACUACAAGUACCAGCCUAGACGCCGCAAGAACGGAAAGCCCGGUUCCGGAUCAGGAAGUGAGAACGACGGCCAUUCGGAGGGUGAGGUCUCCCACAGCCAAUCCCACUACAAGGGCCUCCACCUGGAAGUAGCUCUGAGUGGGGGAGCUCGGUCCCCUCUGGCAGAUGGGCACCACCCUCAUGCUGCAGGUCACAGCCCACCUACGCCACCCACCACACCAAAGACUGAGCCUCAGUCUGGGAAGGUUGGGGAGGGAAAACGGGAAGUUUCUGGAAGUGGGGGCUCCCGUGGAGCGAUGGGAGCGGAGGGGAGCUCAGGUGCUGCUGGAUCUGGGAAACCUCACAUCGACUUUGGUAACGUGGACAUUGGUGAGAUGAGCCAUGAGGUGAUGGCCAACAUGGAGCCGUUUGAUGUCAAUGAGUUUGACCAGUACCUGCCCCCCAACGGACACCCGGGGCAGAGCGCCGGGGCAGGUGCAACCACGACAGCCUCCCCAGCCUCUCCGUACACCUACGGCAUCUCGUCAGCUCUGGCAGCAGCCAGCGGACACUCAGCAGCCUGGCUCUCCAAGCAGCAGCAGCAACAUCACACCCCUCCUCUGAGCUCAGACCCCUCCAAGGCCCAGAUUAAGAGCGAGGUUGGAGGAGGUGCAGGUCACUUCUCAGAGGCAACUUCAGUGACCUACACCCCCCUGAGCCUCCCUCACUACAGCUCAGCCUUCCCCUCUCUGGCCUCUAGAGCUCAGUUUGCUGAGUACGCUGACCACCAGGCCUCAGGGUCAUACUACGCCCACUCCAGCCAGGCUACUGGGCUGUACUCUGCCUUCUCCUACAUGGGCCCUUCCCAGAGGCCCCUGUACACCGCCAUCACCGACCCGGCUAGCGUCCCACAGUCACACAGCCCCACCCACUGGGAACAGCCUGUCUACACCACACUGUCGCGGCCAUGACAGACAACCAGACCAGCGGGCCCCAGUGCAGGCUCGGCCCCCAUGUUCGACCCCAGGAUCAGCUACAGCAACAUCAGUGUUGGUGGUGUUGACUGGAGUGGUCUGGGCCAGGGGGAGUGGGCCAGCACUAGAAGGGGAGGCUGGGGAGGCAGGCGGGAAGAGACCCCGUCCUGCUCUCGCCCAGAGGCAGAGGUGCUGUCACAGCUCCACGAUGAGCAGGGAGCAGGGUGGUUUGAAGAGACGUCAAUGAUUCAGGGUGCGGAGUUUAGAAUUCAGAGAAUGUAUUCCUCAGGUGGUGGCGAGGAAAACUAAAGCCUCCCACCUCCAUGAACGAGAGUUCGAGGUUAGUAAAGCUAACCAGCAGAGCCUCUGCUGCUCUAAACUACCCAUUCUUCAGUGAUCAUAUGCAUGUCAGAAUCAGGUUCCUGGCAGUUUAGGGGAUCCAACUUUACUUAGAGAGGCAUGCUGUUGUUUCGAUAAGCCAUGAGGGGUCAGGGUCUUUCAGUCGCCACAAUACUUAAAUUAUAAACUUGAAUUUGAUUUUGGUAAGAAAUUAAACAUUAUUGAUACCUGCUUUGAUACCAUGGUAACAAAAAAGAAGUCAAAGACUACCGAUAUUGAGAUUGGUCUGGCUGCAGGCAGCUCAUCUGAGACGCCAUUCAUCUCAGAAAGGAAAUGCCUUUAUUUGCCGGUACAACAUACUUCCAGUUUGAGAUUUUUUUUUUCUUCACAGCUUUAUUUAUAGGUUUUCAUAAUUACAAAACAAAGAUAUUUCCUUACAAAGGUGAAGUUUUAACAUCCUAGUUUCAGAUUUUUCUAAUUCAGCUUUAUUCAUAACAAAGUCUGUUACAUUGCCUUUUUUUAAUAUUUACACUGCAAACUACAAUAUGUCUAAAUAAAAAAGAAAAAUGUUAGAGAUCUAAUCUGGAAUUAUGGAUAGAUCCAUUUUAGAGGAAGUUAUACGAACAAUGAAUUGCUUUAGCUUUGUUAGCUUUAGCUCAAGCUAACAUAGGUACACUAGCUACAAAAUCAAUGUUACUACAUAAGCUAAGUGAGCUUUAGUAACAUGAGCUUUAGCAGACAUAGCUUAUAUAGAUAUGUAGAUAAUUUGGCUACAUUAGCUACAUAGCUAUGUAUCUCCAUUAUCUAUAGCUAAGUUGGCUUUAGCAACAUUGGCUUUAGCAAACAUAGUUAAAGCUAACUUAGAUAUUUAUCUUAUGUAGCUGCUUUGUGAGCUUGGCUCUAGCUCUGUUAGAUAUGUAGCUUUGUUACCUAUGUAGCUGCCUUAGCUACAUAGCUUCAUUAGCUAUGUAGCUCUGUUAUUUACAUAGCUUUGGAAUUAGGAUGUACAGGUUAGGUUUUUAACUUUUGGUAUCCUAACCCUUUGUCUAACCUUAAACUAAAGUUUAAUCCAAUUUUAUGUCUAAAGUUUUACUAUGUAUUUCUGUCCUCAGAUAUAUGGCGUCCCUAAUGAACAGAGAGUUAGAGUGGCCAUCAGAGAUAUAAGGUCUGCAGCCAGACUUUCUGGCCAAUAUUGCAUUGUUUCUUGUUCAAAAAAUUGCAGGCAAACUGUCUAACACCGGUUCUAAUUACAAUGCAAUCAAGCUUGAAUUCAUUGAUUUCUAUUGUAGUGUCCUGACUGCACGCAAGCAACAUUUCCCCCUUUUGCUUUGUUGCUGUUUCCUCUCUAUCCUUUAUAUGUCAUGGGUGAGGAACAACAAAAGACAGAGAUGACAAGGUAUCAGGAGUGUUGCACAGGAAGAUUAGGCUACCUUGAUUUUCUUUCACUUUUCUCACAUUACAGAGUUUGGUGGUUUGCUUUAAAUAGUGGGGAUAGUUGUGCAUUAAUAGUAAAGGCAAGCAAAAAGAUUUGGCUCAUCAAUACAAAGUGCCAAACUUCCGUUUGUCCACAUUAAAAAUGAAAGCUCUAGAUGUCAUUCCAUCUACAAGGGGAGGCUGAAAUGCUUCAGGAAGAUAAUUAAAUAUCAAGUGGAUGCUGUAUGGACAGUGAGCAUGCAAUACAGCGGAAUGCAAUGGGACGUCUGAUGCUUGCAUGCUGUUCGGACACGGUGCAAAUUGUACAAAUAUGCUAACAAUGUUGCAAAAGCAGAAAUGUCUUGUUUCAGUCCGGAAAUGCUGCCAUAGAUUUGUGCAAUUUCAAAACAGCUCUCUUUCAUUCCCAUCAACUUUAAGCUGGCCAUACACUAGAUGAUUCUCAAAUCUUAAACUAUUUUAAACAGACAUUAGACAGUUUUAAACCAUUUUCAUCUCAUAAUCCUCUGAUCUCACAAACUAAUUAGAUGACUCAAAGGUCAAAUUCUCCAACAGCCUUUACAGUUGCAGCGUGAAUCAAGAACAAGUAAAAGAAUAAUCUGGCUGAAGAUAAAGGUGUAGUUGUGUUUAAGUUUAUGAGCUGUAAAACUACAUAGCGUCAAAUAGUUGAUGCUACCGUUGGUUGUUGUGGGUAUCCCAUCAGAGGCGGUCUAACCCCCCCCGGUAGGGAGCAGUGAAAUAAUUACAUGGACACUACAUAAAUAAAGAUCAUUUCACUCCAGAACACUUGGUCAAGAAAUGCACAUGAUUUGCAGAUAUAAAUUGUCUUUAUUAGCAGUAAUUAGCUGUCAUUGCUGUUGCUUAUAUUAGGUGGUGUGGCUGUUCUGGAUCCCUCUGCCUUUCCACAAGCAUAUGUGGAAAGCAUCAAGCAGGAACAGCACAUGUCCCCUAAAGCAGGGAGAAAAGCAGCAAUAAACCCAGAGCAGGCUGAUUAAGCUGACUGAUUAAGUCAGAUAAAGCAUAGAGGAGGAGCUGGGGUGGAGGAGGGUUGCGAAAAGCGGCUUGCAGCGGGAGCAGCGAAGCAUAGCCAUACUAGAGGAGUUUAAAUAUAGCAUCACAAGUGCAAUUAACCAUUGUAGCAUUCUUAUAGCAAAUCAGCUGGCUGAGGGUUUCUAUGAAAUAAAUGGUGGUGCUUGACUCCAUGGCCUGCCUAGAGUGAUGCCUGAUUUGCAAUGAACCAGGACUAAGGACACUCCCCCAUAAUUGUCAAGAGUGGGCACAUCUGGUUUUAAGGUGGGUUUAGAGUCGUGUAGUGGCUGGCCAACCUAAGGUUAAGAGUUUGUGUUAAUGUCUGAUUUUUUUUUUUUUUUCAUUAAAAGUAAUGGAGGCCACGUUGCCUUAAAUCUUGUGGUAUCAAAAGUAACCAAGGUAUUGAGAAUUUGGGUUACCUUACAGAAAGCCAUGGUGAAAAUUAGGGAAGAAUUAGCAAAGAGAAUUUGCAUGGUUAACUCAGUGGUUUCAUCAUUGAGGGUGCGACUUAGAGAGAGCCAGAUCUACAACCCUUCACUUCUCACCUUUUGUCAAAUGGAAGACAGUCAUGUAAUAGUUAUAAAUCAUGACCAGAAAUAAUUCUGUUGCUUUCAGAGGCACAUUAGACUCUAUUUAUUUCAAUUAUGAUGCUGUAAUCACCUGAAAUGCCUUUUGUACAUACAAUAAAAUGAACAUUUCUGAAAGAAAAAUGCCAUAAAACCAUGUUGACGUUUUAAUAUGACGUAUAUUUAGUUUUCACAACUAGUAACAGGAUAGUUUGUAGUAUGAGCUUGAAAAGAAAAAUGUUUGUGUGUUAAUAAAUACAGAUUUGAUGUAUUUAAGACAUGACCAAAGUUUGAGACCAAAACCAUGAAGAAGAAACAGACUGUAUGGAUGUUUCUCCCAACAUGACACUCAAAACUACCUUCUUAUGUUUGUAGAUUUGUAGUACUAGCUGAUGCAUUCUUUUAUUGUUUCAAAAUCUUUAUUUUCCCUUUUCUAUCCAGGCACUGAUGAGUGUAUUUAAUGUAUUAAUACAGACUGAUUAUACAUUAAUAACCCCUAUUUUAUCCAACAUGUGAUAAAACUCAUGACAGAACCUUUUUAAAUGUUUAAUAACAGACUGUUUUGAACUGCCAAGGGGUUUUUCCUCUCAUUAUCAUCUCUAACAAGUCUGCUUUCUUUUAAAGUGUCUGUCAAAAUGUGUUUAAAGUGUAAAAUAUGUCUUGGUUGUAGCUGUGAGCUGAAAAGGUACAUUAUUAAUGUGAGUGGGGCCAGAAAACUGGAAGAGUUUACAAUAAAGGCUGACAGUAGAUAAAUGUUGGCACAAUUUAAUGUUAAAUGUAAACCUGAUGAGGAAAACCAAGGCAGAGAAGGAAACAUCGCAAUACCAGAAGUGGCCACAAGAGGCUGGUUGCAAAGUGAGUCGAUCCUCAUUGAGCUCCAUGUUAAAAAGCUCAACUUUAAUGCUGAAUUAUUUAGAGCUGGAUAGAUGUCCGUUAAUCUGACGAAUUAGGGUUUGUUUUUAAUUUUCAACACGGAUAUUGCAUAAUUUAAAGUAAUUUUUUUAAAGUUUAUAAUGCCCAUUGAAUUCGGUCUCACAUUUUCUAGAACCAUGGUUCUCGGCUAGUGGGUUAGGACCCAAAAGUGGGUUGCAAAGCCACUUCUGUGGACUACUGAUGUGUGCCUUCAAGAAAAUAUGUGGCAAAAAAAUCUAUGAUGUACUUUUAUUUUGAAGGACAUGCCCCAAUCUUCUCUUUUUGUCAUAUCUUUUGCUCCAUUUUUUCCCAAACUGCCCCAUUUUUAUUCAGAACAUUCUAUUAUAAAUGAAAUUCUUCAGAAAUUUUGGUUAAUUUGAUGGACGAGGAGGUGGUGGGUCUUGACUCAAGGCCAGCUGAGAACCACAGUACCAGACCAUAUGACUUCCUGUACAUUAGAGCCUUAGUUCUCAGCUGUCGAGACCUCAAAGCUGGUCACAGACCAUUUAUAUAAGGUCCUGGAUGUGUGCCUGGAACAAAAUUUGUGGUAAAAAUCUAUGAUGUGCUUUUAUUUUGAAGGACAUGCCUCAAUCUCUUAGUUUUGCCAUAUCUUUUGCUCAAUUUUGAGCCCAAACUGCUCUAUUUGCACUUGAAUACACUUGUUUAUAAAAAAUUUCUGAAAUUUGGGUCUUGAUUGGUGGACUACUUGGUGGGGGUGGGUCUUGACCCAAGGGCAAUUGAGAACCACAGUUCUAGACCAUAUGGACUGAAGAACUUUAAAGCCUUGGUUCUUAACUGAUGGGCUGGUACCCAAAAGCUAGCUGCGAACCUUUCAUAAUAGGUCCUAGAUGUGUGCCUGAUAUAAAAUUUGUGGUGAACGUCUAUGAUGUGCUUUUAUUUUGAAGGACAUGCCUCCAUCUCUUAGUUUUGUAACAUUUUUUGCUCCACUUUGAGUCCAAGAUGCUCCAUUUAUAAUUAAAAACACUCAGUUAUGAUUUAAUUUUUUUUCAGAAGCUUUGGUCUGGAUUGGUGGACAGGAAGGUGGUCUUGGGUCCUGACUGGAGGCUACUUGAAAACCAGAGUUCUAGACCAUAUGAGCUCUUGUUCUUUAGAACCUUGGGUCUGGACCAAGAGUGGGUGGUGAAACAUUUAACAUUUGGUCCCAGAUAUUUGUGCUUUUAUUUUGAAGGACAUAUCCCAAUGUAUUAAUUUUGCCACAUCUUUUGCACCAUUUUGAGUCCAAACUAAACCUUUCUGAUUAAAAACACUUAAAAUUUUCCAGAAAUUUUGUUUCUUGACUCAAGCCAGUUGAGAAGCACUGCUUUCAAGGGCUAACUGAUUAACCAGCCAAAAUUGCACUCUGUGCCUUAGGUGCUUUUAUUGUGAAAAAGCUCCUCGACCUACAUUGAGUUACAUACUUCCAGAACUCUGCUAGAGAGAUUAAAAAAUCCUUUGUAGAUUUAAAGCAGCCUAUGGAUCUUUAUGCAUGUUAUGUGUUUGGAUUAAAUCUUUCUCUGGAUUCCGAUGCAGAUGGACCAGUUUUAUUUGUAAUAAAAUGACCAGAAGGCAACAGUUAGACCUUUUAACGUUUAAUCGCAUAGAUUGUGGCUGCUGUGUUGGAUGGAUCUUGAAAUAGUUAGUCACAAGAAUGCUAACUGUAGCGCUGUAUGGCAGCUAUGUAAAUAACCGUGAUAAUGAGGAUAAACACGCUGAAAGCCCAGGGAUGGAUAGAGGACAUACAGCCGGUUUUAAUGGUCAUGUUAACCUCCAGUCAUUUUGAAUAGAACAGAUUAACUUGUAUAUGUGUUAACAUAUUUGUUAAUGAAUUAAAGUUUAACAGUUAAAUUUUGACCCACCUCUUGAUUCAACCACAUCAAAAUAAAAGUGCCUUUCCUUUAAAAAUCCAUGCAGCUCAAAUAAGAUGCAACAAUCUCUAUUUCCUGUAAAAUCAAGUCUGUGCCUUUUCUACUUUUUGACUUUUCUUGUUUUGCUUUAUCUUUUUGACUCCUUAUCUCUGUGAUAUUUUGUAUUUCUGUGUCUCAUUUUGUCCCAUAUCUUCUAAAAGGACUGUAUUUUGUUUGAAGUGCCUUAUUCUCCAUCUAAGACAGUAAAUAUAAUCAUAAACUCAUUACAUUUACUCUGUUUUUUAGUCAGUUAAACAUUAUCACCACUGGACGGAUUCAUAUGCAUGCAGCAUCUAUUAAAGCUUAAAUAUCAUUGUAUUUCAUUAUUUAUCUCCUGCACAUAAAGCAGAGUUCAUUUAACACCAUUUUUGCCAUAUGCCAUAUAUCAGUGAUGUGGAUUUGUGUCUUUUUAUAUUUAUAUUUUCUCUGCUGUGAGGACUGUCUCUCUUUAUUAAGGAAACUUGUGACUGUUUUUGCCGUUUUAGUAUUUGAUAUUUUCCAAUCUUGUGUAACCGCUGCCAGCACAUCAAAGCUGCAAAACUCUGAUAAAAACAGCGAGCGUGAAAGUCUAAACAUGUGAUGAUGACUAAUGAACUUUUCCUCAAGCCUGAAAUAAAGCUCUU